UCUCUCUCAUCCGCCUCAGAAAGUAUCACAGUACACUUGAGCAGUGAGCCAUGACAAGAUCCCUCCCAAGAAGAAGAAAAGGAAAGUUGAACCUCCUCACUCAAAAACCCUAACAAAACAAAUACAGAUUCACAUAAACCAUUUCCUCUCUUUCAACCACAGUAAAAAAUACUAUCAUCUCUUUCUUCCUCAUCUCCUUCUCCUCCUCCACCUCCACCUCCAAUGAUCACAAAUAAUGAAUAAAAAAUUAACAAACGAAACCCCGAAUCUCCUCCUCUAAUCUGCAAAACCUCCACCAUAAAACAAAUAAAAUAAAAGGUUAAUUAAUUGGAAGAAAAUGAUAAGAGGAGGAGAAGCAACAGAGAGCAGUAGGUCAAGGUGCCAAGACUGCGGCAAUCAAGCCAAAAAAGACUGCGAGCAUUCGAGGUGUCGGAGCUGCUGCAAGAACCGAGGCUUCCAGUGUGAAACGCACGUGAAAAGCACGUGGAUUCCGGUUGCGAAGAGGCGGCCCAGGCACCUCGCUAUGCACCCGCACCACCAGAUUCCGCCCCUCCUUCAUCAACAGUUAGCUCUUGCCUCAAACCCUAAAAGAUACAGAGAAAUCCCUCAACUAGGGUUUGAGGAGGUGGGAUUGCCGGCGGAGGCGUGUUUUCCGGCGGUGUUCCGAUGCGUUCGAGUGAGCUCGGUGGACGAUAAUGCGGUGGGUCAUCAGUAUGCGUACCAGACGUCGGUGAGCAUCGGCGGCCAUGUUUUCACCGGAAUUUUGUAUGAUCAAGGAGCCGAACCGCAGGGAACUGGAAACUAUGUAACCGGAGAGAACUCCUCUUCUGCUGCUGCAGCAUUAUCAGAUCAUCCUAAUUCUGUUGCAAGAACAACUGGUACAACCUCUCCUUCAUUUGCUGCCCCUUUUUCAGCAUUUACAAACACAACUCCACACUUUUUGCACUACCCCAAAUCUUGAUUAAUUAAACCUAAAUCAAUUGGAAUACUUAUUUAAUUUAUAUGUAUACCUAUAUUUGAAAUAAAUAAAAAACAGGAUGGGUGCGUUGUUAAUUCAAUUGGUUGUAUUGGAAUUUGAGAUAUAUAAAUAAAGUUUGUUAAUUUUGCAUUAUAUAGGAAGGGAAAUUGAAUAUGAUCUCCCUCCGAUCUUCUAUAUUUUAAUAAGCCUAACUCUAUGUAAAACUGAAAUAAAAGAAAAGGAACGCAUGUUUUAUUUUAUUCUAAUGUGAAUGUGCCUAACCAAUUACUAUUGUUUUGUAUUUCCAAUGAAGAAUUAUUUGGUCUUGUCUGCUUUAAUUCUAACUUUGUGGUAUGCUCAUGGUUUGAAUUUUGUCUUGUUAUGAUUGUUAUAGUUGUUUAUUUUGGUGAUUAUCAGAACAGUAGUAUUUGAAUCACCAGUUUUUGAACUUCAAAGCCACUUUUUUCCAGCUUAUAUGCUUCUUUGCCGGUUAAAUAUACUGCUUUCUGCCUAGUAACUUCAUGUAUAAGGAAAACCCUAUUUACUGUGUUUAUUUAUUUAUUAUCUCAUUUUUAUUGCAUACUACACAGUUUCGCACAGUUCAGAUCACACCACACUCUCACUCACACAUAAAAACUCAUAAUUCAAUUUGUCUACAAUAUAUAUGUAUUAAUCUCAUUAAAAUAAACACACUAAACCUUUUUUGGCAUUUAAUCACGUCAUGAUCACUGCCUAGCUAUGUUGUUCGAUUAAGGUAGUUUUAUAAAAUCAGAAAUAGAUAAGUGAUUAUGUAUAUCAUUUUGAGUUUGAGCAUAUACAUGUAUAGUUGUACAGUUGACUUGUGAACAUAUAUAGUAUCCCUACUUCUUUAUAUAUGCAGGUAUAUAUAAUGAAUCAUAAAUACUACUAUACUAAAAAUAUAUGUAAUGUGUAUUAUUCCCAUAUAGCUAGGUACUAAGAAAGUGUAUCAUAGUCACUAUCAAAUCUUUAUUAAAUGCAAAGUUAUUUUAUUAUAUACUAAUGCAUGUAAGUUAGGGAAGACAGGUCUAAGUGGUUUAGAAUUACUUAUGGGCAAAAAAGAUUAAUUGGUGGGCAUCUAUAAUUAAAGCGGCCGUAAGUAUAAUUUAGAAAGCAUCUACUAAACCACUGUUUUAAGUAACCUUUUUAUGCUAAAGGGAUCACACUAACCAAAGGGGAAUUGAGAACAAAAAAUAUAGUAUAUAACCAACCAUGAAGAAUUUGUCCCUUGUUCUUAAGAAGAAAAUAGAAACAUUCAAUUAUUGCUGAAUUUCCAUUAUAUAUCAAUGAUUCUGCGAUGCAUAAUGUACUCAAGGGAAAUUAAAUAAACCCUAAUCAAGAAAAGCUUUCAAUGUGGAUUCUUUUUUAUUAAUUUAAGUCUCCUAGCUUGUUAUUGAUUGUAACUAGUCCUUUAUCAUUUUCACUCCAUGUAGUUAGCACAUGUGUGUGCCUGUCUAUACUUGAAUUUAAUUCUCUUUUUCAAUUCAAUGGUACUGAAAGGGCAGGCAAGCAUCUUGAAGUUGUUAUAUUUAUCCUUGUUUUUUGAAGCAAAUAACUUGACAUAUGGCUUUAUGGCUAAAA